AACUGCAACUAAGCUGAUUCCCGGUAUAGAAAAGCUCCUAUAUAAUGUUCCAUCAGUUAAACUAAACUUAUUAUCAUUGUCACGUAGAAGAACCAGAGGAAAGCUAAAUGAUUUACGCGCCCUCAUUGGCCGUGACGGUACAGGCAUGUACAACGGCAGAGGUUCUCCGCAUAGAUAUCACUGGAACCCCUGCAGUCCUAGCCCAAAUAGGGAUCCUUUAUACAGGGGAAGGUUUAACAGUCACUCUAGGUAAUCAGGUACUCUAAAUUCCAGCCUUCCCUGUCCGAUUCGGCGUAUAAGUUUCAGAUAAAUUGUGAUUUCAUAUUAUAUUUUGCUCAGGUUCUAGUCAUUUUUAAAAUCCUUAUUGACUAACUGGAUUGUCUGUCGCAUCUUUAUUUACGUCGUCGGACAAGAGUGAUUGUUUAAACCCAUAAUGGGCUUGAAAUAACUAUCCAGUUAGAAAUUAACCUAGUUAGCAAUGACGAGGGACCAAGAGCGAUCAUGUGGGGCCAAACUCAGUAAACGUCGAGUUUAUUGUUGGGUGCAAGACUGUUUCUCUGUCCGUGGGUCCCGUCUCUUGUAUGAUGUUCGACCACCUUUUUGUGAAGUGGGUAGGAAAAGGUUCCACAUGGUAUUUCUUGACGAAAGAAGUACUUCACAGUAGAUAGAGGUGUCUGCUGAAGAUAUACUUAGUGGGUACACUUAGUGGGAGCCUUUUACUUGAUUAAUGUUAACUUGUUUGGAGCUUGUAUUGAACUUGUAUAUUGACUAUCUCUACCUAUCAUGGUUGACAGUUUCGUUGUUUCCAUUCAGUUUUUUUUGUGGAUUCACUCUCAGGAGUAACUUCCUCAAAAUGACUUCAGUUUUCAGUAAUAAGUAUCGUUUGGCUGACGUGAAAUAUCCAGGUAGGAACUAUUUUUGGAGACCCAUUUUCUUAAGUGUCCAUCUAUAGAGUUGCUGUCCUUUAGGUCAGAAGCCACUAAAUUGUUAUUUAUACUUUGGAUGGGCUCAAUAUUGUUGAAAUCUAGGAUAAAACAAGGGUUAGUCACCUUAAUUCUCUUGUAUUCCAGAAGUUUUGGGUAUGGUAUACCAUGUAUAGUGGACAAGUGACGAUUGCCUUAAACGGGUAGUUUUCGUCUACCUGUACGGUUCAUUCCAAGUCACUGAUCUUAUGUCUUGGCCUGGUUGCCCCUAAAUUCUAAACUAUUCUGGCCAGCAUUACUUGUCUAAAGUAGGUGGUGGUUGAGCAUACGUAACACAUCCCUUAGCCGUCGUAACACAUGAAGACUUAUAAUCCCCUCAACUGGUUCCCAGUGUUUGACUAGUGUCCUACACCCAACCCUAGUACUGCUUUCUCGAUUUUUUCAUGAUACAUGAACAAUAUUAUUAAGAUAUAUGAUCAAUAAAUCACGGCUCAUUACUGUCUUCUGAUUUUAGAGGUCAAGUUUCUCAUCGACAAAGUAAAACAGAGUGAUUUAUCACUCAGUAUUAUUACUUAUUAGUUGACAAAUAAACGUAUGGCUCACUCUACAAGUAAUUUAAGCUGAAAAAGCUAAACUUUCUAAAUCCGUGGAGAUUUCGUCAGAUAUUGACCCACAAGAGUUGCUGGGACUUUCAAGAUAAGUAAACUGGUAAACGCUUUCAACUGCUUUACUCGUUAUGACCAACCUGGGUAAUAAAGCCCUUGAUCCUGAAUUAAUUCUGGUCAGUUAAGACAGAUGGCUUUCAAUUAUUAGGUUGUAUGUUUGGAGCUCACUAUCUUUUUUGGUCCGAAUUCUUGGAUAGUGUUACUUAGUAGUUAAAGGACUUGCCAUUCAGUCAGUAGAUCAUAGGUCCAAGUCCUCCUUUACCUUCUAUUUGUGCAGCUUAGUGAUAUCAUCAUCCCUUAUCCGACCAAUGAAGCUCAAAGUUGAGUACAUAAACCUUGAUUCGCCAAGUAAUUUCCACUGCUUAAAGACGAAUAAAAAGAGCCCAUAUUUGACCAUAGAAUUGCAUCAGGCUAACCAUUCAUAGUAGCUGCAUAUAUUUCAGCUUUUUUAUCAUCAAAGAAAUUUUCAAUUUUUUAUAUAAUUUCACAGAUCACCAAUCACUUCAACACCUCCAUUUGGCAGCGGGAGAUUUCCUCGAUGUCCACAAGACUCUUUAGUUUGUUGGAGUCCACCCGUAGGUUGUCCAUCUUAUUAUGUUGACAGUCCCCCCGCACGUUAUGGUUCGCCGAAUUUCAACCAACCAUCUUAUCACCGAACCUUUGAUUCUCCCGCGAACUCAUAUGCCUCACACUCACCAUUUAUGUCUAACUGCAAUCCAUCUAUGAAUAUCCACUCUGGUUCAAUUUCUAGUAGUUCUUUGAUAUCGACUCAAGACGACUCGAGUUGGAAGUAUGGCACUUCUCAGCAUAAUUCUUCAGCAUUUGAUAUUAGUUCAAGAUCACCACGAAAUAGUAACAGAAAAUUCAAUGAGAAUAACCGUCCAUUCAAGAAUUGGAUUGCAUCCAGUUUAUCAGACCCUUGGGAAGGAAUGAAACUAGUUCGUACACCACAUUCCGGUUAUUUAGUUGAUAAGCCGCCUGCACAAAGACAUACUGUUUUGUUUGCUCCUCACGAACGUCGGAGAAGGUUAGAGGUAGAUGAUGAUGAGGCAGUGACGAUUAGUCCGACAAAGCAACUUCAAAGAGUUUGUUCUAAUUAGAAUUGUAAUUUUAGCACUGCACAAUCUAUCUUAUGUAUGCACUAUUUUAUUGUAUACGUGUGCGAUACUUCGUUUUGUAUAAAAACUCUUUCUUUGAAAAAUAAUGCCAUAGGAUUUUAAGUUCAGGAAAAUCGUGGGACUUUGGUAACCGUUCACACAUUUGGUGUUUAUUCAGUAAACGAGAUUUCAUUAUCUGUGUUUGACCUAACUUAUGUACUCGUCUUCGAGGUCACUGAGUAAAUUCUAGUAAACCAUACUAUUUUUGUUGUUUGUGGCUCAAAGCUGAGUACAUGUAUCUACACUCAGCAAAUAAGUUUUGCCAUUCUUUGUAAAGUGAUCCCAUAGAUAUUUAGCUCAACAGUUUGUUUUCAAGUUAGUGUUCUAAACAGUGUUUCCUGUGUCUUUCCUUUUGCAUAACAUUACUAUUAAGACUUCAAAUUUUGUGCUAGUGUUGUCAUAUUGCUUAUAUUCUUAAUGUCAGUUUAAGCACAUGUACCUACCUUUUCUUUACAAAUUAUUCAAUAAAUUUAGAUAAUCAUACCUUAACUUCGUAUUUGUGUUAGGCUUUCUACGUAUUAGUUAACCUUAUAGUCCGGUCACCAAUAUGUGUUUACCAACUGUUGAUUUGGAUGUUUAAAUUCCCUGUAAACAAAUAAAAACAUAACCAGA